AAUAGACUCACGCCCUGAGACGUCCAACUCUGCCUGAGCUCAUACUGAAGUCCUACAUCAUAGGUCUAUAUCCUCAACCACACGGCUAUGAAAAAGGUACUGAAUCUAAAAACCAAGGGGAGGAAAUGACACCAGAAAAGCCAGGCACAAACAAUGUGUGUGCAGAACCUUAUGCCAUUUGUCCCAAAACUUGGCCUGAAGUUGUUGUUUGACAGCUGGAGUCUUGCUGCUGACAAUCUCCUCGAGCAGCACAACUAGAAGUCCCGAUGGAUCUGUCACUCCGUUGCAUGGAUGACCAAACGCGGUCACCACCAGUUCUUACAGACAGUCAAUCUGGGGAUUUAGAGUCUCUUUCUAUUCUCACAAAAAACAUGCUGUCUGCACAUGAGACAGGAGCAGAGACUGUGUCAGAUCUCUCAGACCCCACUGACAAAUCAACCGAGACUUUAUUGAACAUUUCCAAAUGCCUCUCUCAGGAGAAAAGCACUGACGCAGACUGUUUGAAGCCUUUAUCAUCCAGCUAUAAUAUGUCAGAGUGUUUGUCACUUUGCUCAGAGCCUGCACCAAAGGAUGAUGAUUUCAGGGAUUGUAGCAAUUUUGGCUCGUCAGAACCUGUAUUACCUCACCUCUCUCAUGACUUUAUUUCCCCCCUGUGUGGAUCUUUUUCAGAGUUCUACAUUAAACAAGAACCAGCCUGCUCCUUUUCUCUAAUACAAGAAAAUAGUACACCUCAACCUUUUGGGGCAAAGUCGUCUACUUCUGAGGGUUUGACGGAGCCAUCUGUCACUGAGCCUCUCUCCAGCCUCAGCUUCAGCUCUGAACACAGUCAAGCCACUUAUCUAUUAAGGUCGUUAUCACAUCAGUCAGAUGGUUUAGAGAGUGACACAGCUAUUGCACCUGUGUCAGACCUUUAUAUCUUUGAAAGUGAGACACAGGACUUCAUCCUGAGCCCUAAUGAUUCCCAGGAGAUUAAAUGUCCUGAAUACCAGCCAUUAUCACAAACAGGGGGAAAAAAGGCAGACCCUGACUCCAAUACACAUGUCCUGAUGUGUGAUUCGGAAAACGCAGCGACACAAUGUCAUCAUGGCUCUAGUGAGGAACAAGCUAUGGUGGACUAUGAGUCAGACGUAAGCCAACAUACAAGGAUAAGACCACCUGCUGUGGAUGCCUGUGAGGCAGGCUUGAUGUCAGUAAAUGAUGCGAGACGAGGGAAAGCAGAGGUCACUGAUUUAACCCCCCAACCAAGGCGAAGCGACAGCCCCAUUGAGCUGUGGCUGGACGCAUGCCAGUAUCUGGCAGGUGAGGAUACAGAGGAUAGGGAUGUUUUGGGCAAGACAGGUCAUUCUAUGAUGCAAGGAGGGCUCACAGCCACCAGUGACGCAGGAGAGACACAAGUGUCAGGUUACAACCCGGAUGGUAGCGAGGGGAUUGGCUGGUCUAGUGAUGACACCAGAGGUUGGGGGCCACCGGUUGAGAGGUGGUCGUCAGUGGACAGCUGGGCGAGUGCACUAUCAGACUGGACUAGUAUCAUCACAGCUCCACCAGAGGACUUCACAGCUGCCUUCACAGAAAUAGGGGCUGAGAUAGAUGCUUUGACACAGGCACUAGCAGAGGUUAAUACUCAAAUAGAUACAGAGACGUCUAAAGAAGGAAAGGGUCAAGUACCAGUAGUGCAGGCACAAUUGCAGCCACCCAUGGGUGUCCAGGAUCAGUCUCUAGAGGCACAAAACUUCCCAGAGAGCUCCGUCCUCUCUGGGCAGAGCUGUUUCUCUUUGUGCCUCGAAGCUGCAGGACCUGAGUUCCAAGACAGAGAGGGCUCCCAGAGCGCUGAAUCCCUGUGUGAUUCAACACCUACCACACAAGGAGAAAAGGAACCGGGAGAAAUCAAGAUCAGCCAGGCUGAAUGCUCAUCCAUGAGAUCAUCCGGUGAUAUGGUGGCCUCUCCUGGAGGAUACGGUUUAGAUGUGAUCCCUGGAUCUACUUCUGCUGAUCUGGACUGUUCUCACUUUUGUGGAUUUGACAAGUCCUUUGAGACAGACAUUUUCAUCAGCAAUGAAGAAGAUCCAAUCAUACUGAAUAUAAUAGAGGAUACAGAUUUGGAAGGACAAAAUGCACCUGCAGAGCUAAUAAUUGAACAGCCCUUUGGAGAUGGACUGCGUGAAGUGACAGAUGAACACAGUAUCUCCCAGCCCAGCUUGGUGGCCGAGCAAGAAGCUAAAAGGAGCUGUGGGCCAGCUGUGGUUGAUUGUGAAGGAACCGAAUUGUCAACAGAGCUUCAUUUCCUCAACACACAACACACUCUGACAAACUCAUAUGUACCAGGUGUGGACACACAACCUGAUCUGCAUAUCAGUGUUCACACACACGUGUUGUCUGACACUUUACCAGACCUUGACGGAACAUGUAAGUUGGAGCCACAGUGGGAAAGUCCCAAGUUUAUUACGCCCUUAGCUCCUCUCGGUAUUGGCUCCUCCCUCGUCUGUCGGGCAAGCAAAAGUUUGGAAGGAGAUCAAACUUGUGCCAAAAGGUCUCUCAAUGACAACAGAGACCAUAGUUGUGAUCACGUACAACCUUGCGUUCUCUGCUCAAACUCUGAUAGGUUUACUGACAAACCAUCUUUGGAAGGUGAUGAGGAGUUGAUUCAUAAAAAGGAAAAUACAAUAGACUCUUCUGAGAAAUCUUCACCAGAGGGACAACUGGACUUGGUCACUGGUGACAGUACAGAGUGUUUCCUCACUGCAAGAAAAACAAUAAUUGAAGAGAUCAAUGAAUUCAGUAAAGAACUAUCAAACUUGGCUGCUGUCCCUGCAGAUAAUUUCAUCAUCUCAGAGAAGAACCGCGUUGCAUUCAUCACUUUAGAUGUAAAUGGCCCAUUUGUCCCCAGGGCUACAAUACCCAUCGCCACAGCCAUUAAAUCUGAGAAGGCUGAUUUGAGUCAGAAAACAGCUGAAAAGAUGCCUCACAAAACCCACAAGUCCACCUCAGAGGGCAAAACACGCUCCAAAAAGGACAAGUCAGCUGGUCAUCAUUAUGGUGCACAAGCUUCCAAGAAACAGGAGAAUUUGUCUCACCAUGUUUCAGCCCAGCAGGUCUGCAAACAGCAAGAAACUAAUCCUCUCAAUGGAGCAAAUCAAACCAGUGAGAACACUCCAGCCGGGCUUGAGGACAAGGAGGCUAAAUUGGUGAUUGAGACUAGUGUGGCAACUGAGAAGGCUCCAAGCAAGCCACAUGGCAAGAAGAAAAAGAAACAUGCUCAGAAUGCAACAGGAGUGAAAAGUAUAGGGGAGUCACUGGUCGAAGUCGAGAAUGGAGCAAAACCAAAGACUGCAAAAGGAAGGAUUGAUAUGUUUGAGGCCAAGCUGGGUGCUAAAGCUGGGAAAGCUCAAAAGGACAGUGAUCAGUCACAUGGUGCUGAGAAAAAGUCCCAGCAACCAGAGGCUAAAGCUUCCCUGGGAGAACAACCUCCGCAUCAUUCAGAUCAUAAAGACCACAAGCCGAAAAACUUCACCAGUCCUCUGAACGAUGAUAUUAUUAAAAGACGACGCCUGUCAGAGGAUAAGUUUGGGAAGAUUGUCAGUGUUUUGGAGUCUAAACUACCCAAGCAAGACAUUUCUAUCCAGGCAAAGGGAGAGGAGCCCAAGGUAGACGCCGGGGAAACUCGUAAGAAGGCGUACAGUGAAGUGGUCAAACAGAAAAUCCCACCUAAGGAAGACCCCAAGGUGUUGCAGCCUAUCCUGGCAGUGUCAGUGAGUGGCGACCCCCAGAGUCUGUGCCUUUGGUGUCAGUUUGCAGCUGUCUUCUCCCACUACACUGUGACCUGGAGCAGAGGGGGCACUGUCCUAGCUGAGAUCAAGAGAAGUGCAGGGGACGAGAGUAGAGUGUCACUGACCAUCUCCAACGCUUCUCACAAAGACUUGGGCAAGUACCAGUGUCAGCUCACCAGUUUACAUGGAUCAGUCACCCUGGACUACCUGCUCACAUAUGAAGUGCUCAGUGAGAUUGUCAUCCCUCCAUCUCCAAAGACCAUCUCAUCUGCCCCAGUAGAGGUGGGGAGUGAAGAAGAGGAUGUCCACUGUUCCAGGCUGAUUUUCAAAGAGGAUUUCCUAGCUGACCAAUACUUCGGAGAGAACCAACCUGCCAGCAUCAUCACUGAAAAGGUUCACUUUGGGGAAGGGAUGCACCGGCGGGCUUUCCGGACCAAGCUGCAUGCUGGUCAGAUACCCCUGUUACUACCUGGACACUCCUGUGUGCUCAAAGUACACAAUGCUAUCAGCUACGGGACCAAGAACAACGACGAGCUCGUUCAGAAGAACUUUACCUUGGCUGUGGAGGAGUGCCAGGUCCAGAACACAGCGAGAGAGUACAUCAAGGCGUACACCACUGCAGCCCAGUCUGUUGAAGCCUUCGGAGAGAUCCCAGAGAUCAUUCCCAUCUACCUGGUUCACCGUCCAUCCAAUGACAUCCCAUACGCCACACUGGAGGAGGAGCUGAUUGGUGACUUUGUCAAGUAUUCAGUCAAGGAUGGCAAAGAGAUUAACCUGAUGAGACGCGAUUCGGAGGCAGGACAGAAAUGUUGUGCUUUCCAGCACUGGGUCUACCAUAAGACUGAGGGGAACCUGCUGGUUACUGACAUGCAAGGAGUGGGAAUGAGGCUUACUGAUGUGGGAAUAGCCACGUGUAAGAAAGGAUAUAAGGGCUUCAAAGGAAACUGUGCCACCUCCUUCAUUGACCAGUUCAAAGCCUUGCACCAGUGCAACACGUACUGUGAGAUCCUUGGCCUCAAAUCCCUGCAGCCCAAAGCUAAAAAGCCUGCAUCUGCUCCGAAACCCAAACCCCAACCCUCUGCUGCACCCAAGAAGAAAACAUUUGGGCCAACAGUGAAGGGCAAGUCAUAAUAGGAGGAGAAUCUUGGACUAUGGGUUUUAUUGUUAUUGAAAUGGUUAGGUUUUUGAUGAUUUGCUUCACUCACGUUGGACUCCUAGAUCAUGGAGGAAACAGAUGUAUUCUGACUCUCAAGGGAGCGAUCAUUACGCAUCCAGCGACUGUUGUUUUCAAGAGUUUUUGCUUCAUCUCAUGUUGAACAUCGAGAGAUAGAUUUUAUUUUAAUGAAGAUUUCACCAGAGAUUGUUUAUGUAUGAGAGAGUAUUUACAAUCCAGGGGUGGAAACUUUAUUUAGUUUUGGGAAAACUGUGACAAAUUUAACAAACACUUGAAAAUGAUGAUGAGAAUGAUGAGUUGUCGACAGUGUUGAACUGUGAUGUCUUAGAGAUUGCUUUACUGAUGAGGUGCGAUGAUUUUUAUUUACAGAUCAAUGUAGAGUUUUUCUUGUUUUUCUACUUCGGUGAUGUUUUCAAACUAUUAGUUCAUUAAAUUAAUGAACUUGUUAAUUAAUUGAUUGGAGGAAAUGUCUUUCAAGUAGGUUGUAUGAUAAAAUACACACAGUAGUGGACAUAUAUUGUUUUGGGUUCAGUCACACAGUAUGAGUGGGUCAUUUUUGGUGGCAAAGGUAUGAUUCAGUUUAAUGUUACAUUAUUAUAAUGUUUGCUCAUUUAGUGAAGGCACUGAUUCAGCUGAUGAGCUCGUAUUUUUAUUCUGUAAACAACACAAAUACAUUUUGUAUACAUAAAGCUCAUGUAAAGUAUGCCUUUAAAUGCAUUCACUGAAAAAUGUCAAGAUUUAUUGCUUUAUCGUUUUAUUAUCUUGGGCAGUUCUGCUUGUUAAAUUGAUUUCGAAUGUCUAGCAUCAUUUCAAGGAUCUAUACUGUACCGGUCUAGCUCAAACUAAGUGAAAGACGUGUAAAACUGGACCCAAUAAUCACACCACACUAACCUUACAUCCAGAGCAAAAUCUACUUGCAUAAACAGUCCAUUGGAUCUCAGUAGCAUGCAAGCUAUUCAACUGCAAUCUCAAACGGUCUCGAUAUAAUAAGCCUCUCUGUCCUACUCUCACUGUUGCCAUUUAAAUGCCUGACCCAAAUUGCUGACAUGGCUCUCAGGUUGUGGCUAUGGUCAAUGUGUAAGCAAACAGUAGAUCUUUGCUAUUAAAGAGAUGUUGCUGGUUGAAGAUGCUUUCUGAUU